GAUACUAGGAACUAGAGAGAGAGAGAGGAUUCAAGGAUCCCAAAACCUCUCUGGCUCUCUCUCUUUCUCUUUUUACAAACUCAUUCUUUGUAAAGAGAGAUGGGUUUUUUGUUUCAUUACAAUUUGUUCACAUUUCUUGCUCUUUUUUCCAUCAUUAUUGGCAAGGCAAAUGGUGGUGGAAGAGAUUGUGAUUUGUUCACUGGGAGUUGGAUCAUGGACCCCUCCUACCCUCUCUACCAUGCCUCGACGUGUCCUUUCAUUGAGAGGGAGUUCAGUUGCCAGAAGAAUGGCCGGCCGGAACUCGAUUACACCAUGUACAGAUGGAAGCCCCUCGGCUGCAAUUUAACCAGGUUCGUACGGUUCAAUGGGGAAGCAUUUUUGGAGAAACAUAGAGGGAAGAGCAUUAUGUUUGUGGGAGAUUCAUUAAGCAGAAAUCAAUGGCAGUCAUUGACAUGCAUGCUUCAUUCUUCAGUACCUAAUUCCAAAUACAAUCUCACAAGGGCAGGGGAUGUCUCCACCUUCACAUUCACUGAUCAUGGAGUUAAAGUGAUGCUUGAUCGAAAUGUGUACCUUGUAGACGUUGUGAGAGAAAAAAUUGGUAGGGUUUUGAAACUUGACUCAAUUGAGGGCAGCAAGCUAUGGAAAGGAGUUGACAUGCUCAUCUUCAACACUUGGCAUUGGUGGAACCGUAGAGGAUCUUCACAACCAUGGGAUUAUAUAAAGAUGGGAAAUGAGAUCAAAAAGGACAUGGACCGUUUGCUUGCUUUUGAGGCCGCCCUUACAACAUGGGCCGGAUGGGUGGAUUCAAAUAUAGAUCCAAAGAAAACUAGGGUUUUCUUUCAAGGCAUUUCUCCAUCUCAUUACAACGGGUCGGAAUGGAAUAAACCAAGUGCAAAGAGUUGUGUGAGAGAGGCAAAACCAGUCGUGGGCUCGACAUAUCCCGGAGGCAUCCCACAAUCAUUGUUUGUGCUAAAAAAGGCGCUGCGAAAAAUUUCAAAGACGGUGACAUUGCUCGAUAUUACCAAUCUUUCACUGCUGCGGAAAGAUGGACAUCCUUCAAUCUAUGGUUUGGGAGGAAGAACAGCAAUGGAUUGUAGUCAUUGGUGUCUUGAAGGUGUUCCAGAUACUUGGAACGAGAUUCUUUACAAUCUCAUUCUUUGAGCAUUCAUCAUUCUUAUUAGAAGACAUAGGGUUCUAAUAAUUUUGAAGAACUCUUCACAAAAGAAUAAUAUAUGAUAUUGAUUGUGGUGGCUAGCUAGUUAAUUAGUUAUGUAAUGCCAUGUUUAUUUGCAUGUCUAAUUAAUUACUAGCAGAAUUUAUUCCUUUGAA